AUGGUGGUGUGGACGAAAAAAACCUUAUUACUUGGACCUGUUUUCGAACAACUUGCAGCAGUCAAAGCACAUGACAAUGACUCUGCUGAUAAGAAAAACCAGCCAGUUGGUGGUCUGGUCUCUGUGAGAGUUGGUCAUCCGCAAACUCCAUUCCCGCAGUGGCUCACGGAUUUUACUGGGAUUUCUGAAUGGCCAGGAAUUGAUCCUCCUUAUAUUCCUAUGGAUUUUAUCGAUUUUAGUUUAAUCCCUGAUUACAAACCGUAUCCACAAGGUGUCUGUGGUGCAAAUCCACGUGAAUCAUGUUCGUUCGAUUGCGACAGAUGCGUGGCUCCCGACGAUGUUUUUACCUGCCGUAAACUUUCACAAACGUUUGACGACGGUCCGUCACAGGCAACUGAAAGGCUGCUCGACUCAUUGGAUCACAAGACAACUUUUUUCAAUUUAGGUGUGAAUAUUGUAAAUUAUCCCGAAAUUUACCAAAAAAUAAUUGAUGCUGGUCAUUUAAUUGGCACCCACACUUGGUCUCAUCCGUUCCUGCCCAGCCUUACAAAUGAAGAAAUCAUUGCACAAUUGCAAUGGUCUAUCUGGGCCAUGAAUGCAACAGGGGACCAUUUACCCAAAUGGUUUAGACCCCCUUAUGGUGCCAUUGACAAUCGAGUUCGAGCGAUUUCAAGGAUGUUUGGUUUGCAAGCUGUUCUUUGGGAUCACGAUUCGUUUGAUUGGCAAUUGAUGUCUGACGAUCCUUCUGUUAGAACUGAAGAAAGCAUUUACCGUGACGUGCAAGAAUGGAAACAAGAAGGCACUGGAAUAAUUUUGGAGCACGAUGGAGCUCAUAAAACAGUAAAUGUUGGGAUAAAUGUCAACAAAAUUAUUGGGGAUGAUCAAAUGACUGUUGCCGAGUGUGUCGGAGGCAUUGAUUACAUCAGAACAUUUUCAUCUUCCAAAAAUAUCAGUUCAUUCAACUUAUAA